UUUACACGAGAUAACAUGCAUCGUGGUGGUGUGGCGAGCUUUAAUAUCCAAGUAAACAAACUCGUUUACAUUUCGAAAUUUACUGGCAUAAACAGAUCGUGCGUGACUAUAUUGUGCAUAAGACGAAAUUCACGUUAUCAAGAUAAACACAGAAGUAUAUUCGGAUGGAUAUCGGACACUACUGCUGAAAAAGAGAAGGUAUCUACGACAAAUUCGACUGAGAUGACCGAACUAGGUGAUGAUCAGAAUAUACAAAUGGAUGAAAGAGGUGGAGAAGGAGAUGAUAUUUUAGCCCUCAGAAGAGAAAAGCGACUGCGGGCGAUGUGCUAUUGCUCAAUUUUGACGAUAUUUGUAUCAAUAUUCGCGAUCGUUGUAGGAAUACUGGCAAUCCUAAACUCAAAUGGCAAAUUUCCUUACAGUAUGGGUGGAGGUGCUAUUGCCGGUGGAAUGGCAAUAUUUUUGACGAUUUGUCCAUUUUGUAUGUACAAGAAAGGAAGGAGAACAAAAACUGGCAAUAACUUGAGUGGACUGCUAAUGUUUAAUGUUUUCUGCUUGAUAAUUUGGUACUGUCUCUGCCUUUGCGCUAUUUUGAUUGCCAUAGGAAUGUCUGGAAUAUGGGGAAUGGUGGAAUGUAACCGGGAAAAGCCUGGAGAAAGAUGUAAAAAAGAGACAAGUGAAAAACUGACAUUUUCUGUCUUAACUUUUAUUUUGUCAGCUUUACUUUUAAUUCUAGCGAAUGUGAUUAUAUGUUUAUUAUAUUAUUAUACAAAAGCUCUCGGCAUAAAGACGGCCAGGCAGAGAAAUUACGAGUCCUAUAGAUAUAUUAAUAGAGCCAAUAUACAGCGGGAAAUGAUAGAAGAACGGUCUAAUGAGAACAGAGAUACAGCAAGAGGACUAGGCGGUUAUAAUAGUAAUACAAUUGACAAUUCUGAAGAGAAUAGAAGGGAGAGACACGACUCUUUGACUGAACAUGAAAGAGACCACCCUAUAAAGCCAAGUGCUCCACCACUAGGAGACAACCCCAGCAACAGAGAUAGCAGAAUUCAAGAGGAUAGACGGCCACCUAGAGGAAUAAUACAAGGCAUAGAUCAUUUCGUAAGACCUAUGGAAGAUAGGUUCCGUUCACCAAUAUCACAUGAAAAUCGACAUAGCCCAAGUAGACUUGAAGAGGAUACCCAUCAACCACGUACAGCUGAUAAAGACGUGCACCGUUCUGAAAGAAUAAAUAGUGACAAUCUGAAUCUGAACCAGCAUGAUUCAAACAAACCUCGAGUUGACUAUAGUCAAGCAUCACGAUAUGUUGACAGUGGAGAUAAACAAAAUCAGAGUGAAUCUGCUCUUCCGUCUUACGAAGAAGUAGUCAACAAAUAUGUCAAAGCCGAUGACGUGUAGAUAAAUGACACGCGUCACGACAAAACCAACAUAAUGGGUUUGCGACCAGCAUGGAUCCAGACCAGCCUGCGCAUCCGCAUCCAACUAAAAGUACUUUUUACCUUUAAAAAGAGGCACCAAACCAAUGUCUCGUGUAUCGGUUUCGUAAGUCUAUGAAUCUGGAACGAUGCAGUAUUCAUAGCAUUGUAAAGUCUUUUUUAAUAGGAAUCAAUGGUUGGUUGUCGUUUGUUACUAUGAAUAAACAUAUGUGAACUUGGUCUCCCUAGAUGAUCUUAAGCUGUAAUUGUUUGAACCUUUGUCAUUCGGCAUUUGACGAUAGAAUGAGAUAACAUUCCAGUUUGCAUGUUGCUAUGACUUUGUUUCUUCACAAUCUAGAUUGUUAAAAUCUUUAUCGAUAACUUCUCAUAAAAUAACUGUUCUAUGCCAUUUAUUUAUCAUACACAGUUAAUAUGCAUUAUAUAUCUUAUAUUAUAGUAUUACCAUUCUAUGUUUUAUUGUUAUAUGCUUUGAAAAACAAUGUUGAAAUAAACUCAAUAAAGGAAGAAAGCAAAAUGUUUUAUUUACUAAAUAU